AUGGCGUCAUGGUUAGGUCAACCUAGUGUUGAAGUGUACAAAGAUAUUCAUGUUAAUUUUUUACCAUUGAAUUAUGCUUAUGUGAUUUUAAAUACGACUUUGGAUUACAUUGGAGUUUAUAGUGUUAGUGAGGAUUGUUACAAGUGCCCAUACAAACGUCAGAAGAGUGAAUACAAUGCAUUUCGAUCGGAUAAAACAGCUCUUUACAAAGUAUAUACAGGGGAACAGACCAAAUGGAGGAUUCUUAACAAUAACCUUGACGAAUUCAUCCAGCCAGACUAUGUUAGAGGCCUGAUGUGUAACAUGAAAUCUACUCUGGCUGAGUAUGGUGUGUACAGAUUGGACAUCGGGAAAUGUGUGAUGGAAACAGAAGUUCCUCCGGUCAACAUUUACUUGCCUCUUUUGCUCUUCAGUCUAAUCGUACUAAGCGCCAUCACAGCCUUCGGCCUCGUAAAAUUAUUUCUGAACCGAAACAAAGAACGAAAUAACGAAGGAUUAAACUUGUCUGUAGCACGAGAUAACUCAGAUAUAAUGCCCAGCCUUCACUUCUUAAGGGGAUUGCUUCUAAUUCUAAUAAUAUUCGUAACAACCGGUGGAGGCGGAUACCCUAUAUUCAGCAAGACCUAUGGUGGACUGACGGUGGCUAAUUGUCUUUUCUUCGCCUACACAUUCUCUAUCGGGUUAAAGUUGCCCAUAAUGGCUGAAGAGGAUUGUAGAAAGGAAGUGUCGAAACGUUCAAUGUUUGGUACAGUUGUCUUGCGAUCGUUCGUGCUACUUUUCAUCGCGGUCGCUAUAAGCGCGGCCGCACCUCGCUCACGUUUUCUGGCCGUGCCACAGUGGGCACCUUUAUUCUGCAUAGCUAUAUCCUACCUUGUGGUUGCCACAGUGUACCUGAUUAGUGUGAAUAAACAGGGAAAGACCAAGAAAACUAUUGGAACUGCCGGUACACUCUUCUGGAGCUGGUGUCUAGGAGCAUUCCUUUUCGUCGUAAUGACAGUUUCAAUCUACAUUUUUUACUACACCGAGUGUAAACAAUAUACAGUAUUCGACCCACGACGAAACUCCUGGACAGCUCAGGGCAACAACUGCCAAGAAGACGACGAAUUUAGCGAAGCGUUCAACAAAAACAUGCUCUACGUGAACAGGGAUGAACCUUUCUACGUUGACUAUUACUACGCGUUUACUACAGGGCUACUUGGAAUAAUUUCCUACAUACUCACGGCACUAGUUGGCCUAAAAGCUGGUGUCAUCUACCUCCAACAUGACGAUCAUAGCACCAAAAUGAAGCAAUGGUGUUUCUGGGCAUCCAUUUUUGGAGGAACUGGUAUAAUCCUUGCUGCAAUCGCCAGUCCGAUCAACUAUAAUCUCUGGCCGAUAUCUUCAAUCCUCCUCAUAGCCUCUGUCACUCUUUUCGUCUACACCUUAAUCUACCACCUCACUGAAGUCCGUCAGUUUUCCAGCAGCAUCAUCACAACCUGCGGCGUCUCGUCCAUCGCUACUCUCGCCGGCCAUCUUAUGUACUCUUACACUUUCCCGUUCUACUGGGGUCGGUUCUUGGACACACACUUCUUGUAUUUGUGGCAGAGUGCGUGGAUCGUGUGUGUGUGGAUUGUUAUCAGUGUGUGUUGGAUGAGGUGGCGGAGUUAUUUGAUUCAGAGUGUGAUUAGUAAUGAGGGACAGAGGCAGUUACUUCUCGCUUGGUAA